ACAGAAAGGAUGUUCAAAAAUCUCCGGAAAUAUUUUGCCAUACACCUUUUUGGACAUUCCCAACGGAGAGCAAGGCUAGUCUCCAAAGAUGGAAGGUGUAACAUAGAAUUUGGCAAUGUGGAAACACAAUCAAGGUUGUUCUUCUUUGUAGAUAUCUGGACGACAGUGAUUGACCUCAAGUGGAGGUACAAAAUGACCGUUUUUAUCACUGUCUUCUUAGGCAGCUGGUUCUUCUUUGGCCUCCUAUGGUACGCAGUAGCCUACAUACAUAAAGAUCUUCCAGAGUUUCGUCCAUCUGGCAACCAUACUCCAUGUGUGGAAAAUAUUAAAGGCUUAACCUCAGCCUUCCUAUUUUCUCUAGAAACUCAAGUUACCAUUGGUUAUGGUUACAGGUAUGUGACAGAACAAUGUGGCACUGCUGUCUUCCUUCUCGUCUUCCAGUCUAUCCUUGGAGUUAUGAUCAGCUCUUUCAUGUGUGGUGCCAUCUUAGCCAAGAUCUCUAGACCAAAGAAACGAGCCAAAACCAUCACCUUUAGUAAGAAUGCUGUCAUCAGUAAACGGGGAGGGAAGCUUUGUCUCCUGAUCCGGGUGGCUAACCUUAGGAAAAGCCUCUUGAUUGACAGUCACAUCUAUGGCAAGCUCUUGAGGACCACAGUCACACCUGAGGGAGAGACCAUUAUUUUGGACCAGGUAGAUAUCAACUUUGUGGUUGAUGCAGGCAAUGAGCACUUGUUCUUUAUUUCCCCACUGACCAUCUAUCACGUUAUUGACCAUAACAGCCCUUUUUUCCACAUGGCACCUGAAAACAUUCUCCAGCAGGACUUUGAACUGGUGGUGUUUCUAGAUGGAACAGUGGAGUCCACCAGUGCCACCUGUCAGGUCCGGACAUCCUACGUCCCAGAGGAAGUGCUAUGGGGCUAUCGUUUUGCCCCCAUGGUGUCCAAGACCAAGGAGGGGAAGUAUAGAGUGGAUUUCCAUAACUUUGGCAAGACGGUGGUAGUGGAUACCCCACAUUGUGCCUUAUGCCUCUACAAUGAGAAAGAUGCCAAAGCCUGGUUGAAGAGAGGCUAUGACAAUCCUAACUUCGUCCUGGAAGAAGUCAGUGAAACAGAUGAUACCAAAAUGUAG